GUAGUCAUAUGGAAUGAAAAUUAUGACAAUGGUUCAAAUAUUCAUCAAAGUUAAGACACACUAGUUGAUUUCUUUUGAUCUGUCCAAGUCUUAGUAGGUAGAGUUAUCCAAUACCUAUAGUGCUAAUUUUUUCAUGGACAAAGUUAUCCAAUAUCUGAGCUGCUAGGAGCAUACAGAUAUAAAAAAUAAAGAUGACGAGUAUAGGAAAUUUAGAAGUCAGCAUCAAGAUUGGGCAAAGGGGCAAAAUUUGUUGGACAAGGUCAGGGUGGACCUGCUUGACUUGGCAUAUCUAAGAAAAGCCUAAAUGAAAAGGUCAGUAUUUCACACAAGAUAUGUUACAUCAUGGGAAACAGCUAAUGCUCAUUUACUGAUGAAUUACCAGUGGUCUAUGAUCUUAAGGCAACUUAAAAUUUCUAAUUUGGUGUUGACUCGUAGCUGUGCGUAUGCAAAAGCUCUUGUAAUAAAAGUCAUUAGCCAGUGACUCACGCCUGAAUAGAAAUUUAUCAGCAGUACUAUGGCUGGGGUGUUGUGUCCGAUGCUUAAUUUUCUAAUGACAUGCUGGAUCCUGAUGUGCUUGAAUUUCAUGAGUUGCAAUAGUAAAUUAGUGGAAGAGGAAAGGAGGGCACUUUUAGAGCUGAGGGACUCCCUUAACUAUCCCAAUGGCUCUGCUUUAAUCAGUGAAUGGAUUGGAGAAGACUAUUGUGCAUGGGCUGGUAUUUUUUGUGGCAGCGAUACGGAUAAUGGUUCACGCGUUCUUGAUAUUUAUCUUACCAGUAAAAGACAACUUGGACUUGGAAUAUGGUAUCCUGAUGCAAAUUUGUUGACUCGUUUCACGCAUCUCCAGUCUCUCUAUGUAUCUGGCAAUGCUAUUGGUAACUGGAUCAUGCCAGAAGCAUUAUGCAAAUUGCGCAAUCUGAAGGAAUUGGAUCUAAGUUUCAACCCUUUAAAUGGGGAUGCUCUGCCUCAUUUUCAAGUAUGCAGCCUCGCAUCUCUAGAACAGCUGCACCUUUCAGGGGUUUAUCCUAGUUUCCCUUUGCCACUGCUCAGAGCAUUGUGCGGACUGAAGGAUAUGCAGAGAUUAGAUCUAAGCAACAAUAAUCUUACAGAUGAUAGUAUGCCACAUUGCCUGUUUGAUGAUCUUUCAUACCUUGAAAGCCUUGACUUGUCUGGGAAUAACCUCAAGAAUUCCCAUCACAUUCUAUCAGCUUUAUGUAGACUGCGGAAUCUCAAAAGGUUGGGUCUGAGUGAUAAUUUUCUUGAGGAUGGAAGCAUACCGACCUGCCUCUUUGAAAAGCACUCAGUGCUUGGAAGUCUGGAUAUUUCACAUAACAAUAUCAGGGGUUUUCCUGGUUUCUUUUCAGGUAAUGCUGAUGCUCUGAGUUUUUUUUUUUUUUUUUCAAUUUCUUGUAGCUAUCAGUUCAAUUUUGAAAUCGAAGUCACUGAGAAUGUAUCUCCGAUUAAUGUCUAUAUAUGCUAUGCGUAAGACAUGGUUCUCUUAAUUUUAUGAUCAUAGGAUGGAGUCCUUGAUAAGAUAUCGUGAGCUUUCUUGGAUUUAAAAAAAAAAAAAAAUCUUUGACAGAGUUUCCACUUUGUUUGCCCUUGAUAUUCAAGUCAGCCUUUCUGAAUCUGGUUAUGGGCAUCUAUUGGAUUUCAAAAGCCUAAUAGUUGGACAUUUUACUCUGUAGAACCUCUUUUGCUUGUUCAUUUCAUAUUGUAUUUUUGCUGUCUUUCGUGCAAAGAGCAUUUGUAAUUUAGUAUGUGAUUUGUCUAAUAAAGCUGGGUUGCUGACUUAUUGUCUUUCCAGAUUGUAGAAUGAACAUUAUGCAUCUUUAGUUUUACUGAUCAUGUUACAUCAAAAUUGGGUGCUGAAAACAGUAUUUGUUUUCUGUAAUAAUUUUAUGGUGGAUAAUAUCUUCAAUUCUGGUUCAUUUUCCUGAUAAAUAGUUUUGAAGGUAAAAAACUAAUUCUUAAGUUGGAAACUGACCUCUUUUUUCUAGUGCUCAGCCCCCACCUCCUGAAAAAGAAAAAAGAGCAAAAACAAUUCAAAUGAUCAAUAAUAGUUUUUUUUUUUUUUUAAAUAACUUUGGUGUCUGGGCCAGGUUGCUUGCACCUCUACUAAUUCCAUGGGAUACCCGCCACCUCCCACCAGCAACAGCUACUUGUUAACUCUAUCCACCAACGCUAAAACAUAUGGGAAGAAGUCACCUAAUAUUUUUGUCUCUGCUAGGAUAUGAACCCGAGACCUCAUGAUUCCCAACCCAUUUCAUUGACCACUAGGCCACACCCUUGGGUGCCUUCACACUUUAUUUGGUGAGUUGCUGAAAUAAAUUUUGUCAUGCGAGAAUUUAAGCCAGAAGCUUCAUAUAGGUUUUGCAUAGCAAUGUUAAAAUUUCUUUGGAUAUUAACUACUUGUGAUGCUUUUCAGUAAUCUGUAAACUUAGGAACCUGCAGGUGUUAAAUCUUCAGGAUAACCUUAUACAAGGUGGACUUGAUCCAUGCCUUGGUGGACUGACUUCCUUGGUUUCUUUAGAUCUUUCUUUCAAUCAUUUUGAGGGGACUGUUU